ACAUUGCUGUUUCUUGGUAAUUCUAUUCCAGUCGCUAGAUGGCGGAACCUUACAGACUUUGCAUCGAACUGUUCCGAUAUAAACUAGUAUUUUUGCAAAUAAAUUGAUGGAUUUUUGUAAAAAUCAGGAUAUUCGUUCAUUAUCCUGAGAAAUUAUUUUGUGCAAAAUUUGAGCCUCAUAGCUUCAACAGUUUUUAAGUUAUUUAUGAUUGAUUUUUUUUUAUUGAUGUCUAUUUCCACCUGCAAUAAAUUUAAUAUAUGUAGUUAGAUGAAUUUGUGAUAAGAAAAGGAGCAAUAUUUGAUUAUUGCCUUUCAGAGCAAUUAUCUUUCAGCAUUUUAAGGACAUUGUUGAAAGAAGAGUAAUUUGGAAUUGAUUAUUAUAUCGAUUAAUUAUUAUAAUUAAUUCUCGCUAAAUUUAGUAUCAGCUACUCUGAAUGGCGCCAUGCUUCCUGAAUAGCAUCAGUGAGUCAACGAGAUCUAUCAUCGUGAUGACAUCAGAUCCUCUCCAUUGCAGGUGCAUUAGAGAACCGGUAGUUUGUUGCCAAAGGCAUUACUCGAGCAUCUGAAAUGAUUUUAGCAGAUUCGUUGAGAGUCAUUGGCACUUUGAUGCGUUUCUUUCAUUCAAAGUCAAUGAUCCUUCGUUGCUUUCUUAUAUCUUAUAUCAACUUGAAAACUAUUAGAGAUAAAGAUACUUUUUAUACAUUGUUAGAAAGGUCUCUCUGAGACUAGCUCAAAACCGUUUCGUUUGUGCGGCUAAGUGGUCGGAGUCAAAAGUUACAGAGGUUUCAAUUUUUCUAUAGAAAAUCUACGGGUCGCACAGUUUGGCUAUGGGGUCCUUGACACCCCAUGAUGGUAUUAGGUUGGUGCACAGAAAGAGUCAGUGGGGUCCCUGGCACCCCAACAUGAUAUUUCGUCGACGCGCAGAAAAGUCAGUGGGGUUCCUGACACCCCAAAAUGAUAUUUUAUCGGCGCGCAGAAAGAGUCAGUGGGGUUCCUGACACCCCAAGAUGAUAUUUUGUCGGUGCGCAGAGAGAGUCAGUGGGGUUCCUGACACCCCAAGAUGAUAUUUUGGCGGUGCGCAAAGGAAGUCACCGGGGUCCCUCACACCCCAAGAUGAUAUUUUGACGGUGCACAGAGAGUGGUCGGGGUCUCCGAUACCCCAAGAUGGUAUUUUGUCGGUGCACAGGGAGUUGCCGGGGUCCCCGAUACCCCAAGAUGGUAUUUUGUCGGUGCGCAGAGAGAGUCAGUGGGGUUACUGACACCCCAAGUAGAUAUAUUGGCGGUGCGCAAAGAAAGUCACCGGGGUCCCUCACACCCCAAGAUGAUAUUUUGACGGUGCGCAAAGGAAGUCACCGGGGUCCCUCAUACCCCAAGAUGAUAUUUUGACGGUGCAUAGAGAGAGUGGUCGGGGUCCCCGAUACCCCAAGAUGGUAUUUUGUCGGUGCGUAGAAAGAGUCAUUGGGGUCCCUGACACCCCAAGACGAUAUCAAGUCUGCACGUAGAGGGCGCCACCAACGCUUCGGGGUCCCUGACACCCCGGAAUGAAAUCAGGACCGUACGUAGAGGGCACAACAGGUAUAAUAAUCAUCUAAUUUUUUUCCGGAAUUUAUUUAAUUUACUUUAUUUAUUUUCUUUGCUUAUUAAAUAAGCUCAUCGAAGGCGAAUAACAUUUAUGAUUGUAUCCCUCCUUUAUUUCACUUUUUCCAGUUAUUUAUAUAAUUUUAACCAUCUUUAUGGGCCAAGGCCACCCUUUUCAGUUAUUAAUUAUUUUAUCCUUUUUUAUAGGUCAAACCCCACGCUCUCUAACUAUUUAUUAUCCUACUCCUUUUUAUGGACCAAAGCCUCCCUUGGCAAAUUUUUAUUUCUUCAUUCUUUUUAUGAGCCACAGGGGACUACCACUAAAUCACUGGAUCUCCGUAUUCUUUGUUAUUGAAUACUUUGAUGAUACACUGAUUGCGUACAAUAAAAUUAAUUUAGAAAAUUUUAUAGGGAAUUCCCAAGUUGAAUUUAUCUUUAUUUCUUCUUUUUUCUAAUAUUUCAUCGCGACGUUUCAAACAGUGUCCGCAGAAACACUUUUAUCUGAGUCUAAUCUAAAACGAGCUGCAAAAUGACAGUGCAGCGCAAUAUUUCAACUAGGCUUAUCAAAAAUAACUCUUGCAUCAGUAUCCAAGAAAAAUUAUAUAAACCAGAGACUAAUUCAGUGGAAAGAAAAAUAUCGGUACAAGUGCAGGAGUUAGUAUCUCAAUCUCUAAACAUGUGAAUCAUUCAGAUUCCAUAAUUUCACCCAAAAACCAGCUAAUUAAUUCAAGCAACUUUACAUUGGUCAAUUCUGAAAGUGUGCAUCAUUUGGAAAAAGCACUCCAGCGUUUUCUGUCCAAAAUAGCAGACCCUAUAAAUGGAACAAUUGUACUGCAAUCCACGUCGAAAAAUGGGAAAGACGUGCAGUUAUCGAUUCGAAAAAUGUGCGAAUCCAUGCAGAAGGCUCUUGCACGAUUCGCUGAUGACUGCCAAUUAGACGUUCGGCUCUAUAAACAGAAUUUGAUCAAUGAUCCAUUGUCUGAUGAUUGGUAUUCUGAAAGUCUGCUCCAAGGCGCUUAUAUUCUUCGCGAUCUCGGAAACGUGAUCAAUGGAAUAGGGACGUCGAUUAGAAUGCACUUUCGCGAUGGGAAUGCAACUGCAGUGGAAAAUAAGCAAGUAACAAGACAGCCAGAAAGCUUCCAAUUCCUAGGCGUCGUGUACAACGCAGCAGAGUUCACCGAAAACCUAUCCAAGUGUCUUUUACAAAUGCCCGACACAAGGAGUCGCAAAUCGUUCUCUAUAAACCGUGAAGUACUAAAUCUUGCGAAGCACCCUCCAAAAGUCGCAAUAAAAAAAUUAAAAUCAAACUUAAAUACCAUUUCUUUGGACCAAGUACCUAAAACUCGAACGGAGCAGAAAUACUGGCAGGUGAUUCUUUGUCUGUCGAUGAUUAACAAACAGGGAAGUUACGAAAAUUGCAUACGAGAUCUGCAGAAGCUCGAUAGCUGUUUACUCGAUUCGAAACAGCGGUCUGAGAACAAAAGGAAAAGUAUUCAUGCGAAUACGUGGGUGAAGGCGAUUGAACGGCUGAGCGAUUGCAAGAUUCAAGCGGAUAAGAGCGAACAGGUAGAGGUUUCCUGUAAAUCCGUGCGGGAAACUCCGAAAAAGAUGCAGCAGAAGGUGAAGUACGCGUUCGAGAGGAUGUUGGAUAAGAAAAUAACGAGGAAAUCGCCUUUGCACCGAGCUGCCAUGGAUCUUGCUGACACUAUGUCGCAGAGCAAAUUAGGACAGAGCUUCGUGGAUGAACUUCUCCAGUAUUUUGAGAUUUUCGAGGAUGGACAGAGGAAGUUACAGAGGUUUUCCACGAAAAAUAAAACCGGAAUAUCAAGACGCAAUGAGAUCGUAGAAGCACUGCAAACAUACAGAAGAGGGAUACUUCUGAGGACAUUCAACGCGAUUCAUAAAAUGCAUCGAUCCGUAUCCACUUUCGAACAGUUCCUCGUGAAAGGAAUCAAAGACACUCUGAACGAAGCUUGGCAGAGUCAUUUGAAUGUUUUAUCGAGUUUAAUGAAGUGGAUGAACAAACUACUGGAGCUGUACAGUGGAGAGACUGUCAGUGAAAAUGGGCAGAGCUCACCGAAUGAUUCGUUGGCUGAUGAUCAGUGGAAUGAAGAUGAAAGUUCAUUUUCUGAGGAUAGUUUAGAACACUCCAUAGCUACUCGUUCUAGGCCUGAGAUCAUGAAAGAAGCAGAUGUCUCUAUGAAGGAUUUAAUAGAAUCCAUGAAUAGUGUGAACAAAUAUCGAAGUUCGAAUGAUAGUAUGUUGUCUUGUGUCGCAAACAAUCUUCUUUUAGUUACAAUUUUUAUGGGAACCAUUGGUUUUGUAUCCUCGUUGUACUGUUUUGAUUAUUCCAUGAAGGAUGAAGAAAAUUCCCUUGAUUUUAAUAAUGAAUGGAAACAUGCACCCAGGUCUCUUCCCCUCGAAUACAGACAAAUUGUUAAUCUUGUUUCGCAGGAUGAUUUGCUUUUGGAAUUUCGUGAUAAUUCGAGUGCUCCCAUUUCUAAUUAUAGUGAUUAACACAGCAUAUGUCAUUAUAGAUAAUUGUAGUAUUGAAACAAUGUAGAUUUGGAGUUAUUUUAAUUAAAAUAAAAUUUAAAAAAAAA